UUUGAGCCAAAUUGACUCACAAAACACACCAAAGCAAGCAUACAAAACUUGCAGACAAAUACUACAAUCUAGAUCAGCGCAUUCAAGUAGAAAAGCACUGAAACUUAACUCGAUCGUUUAAAAUAUAAAUUUUCUUCCUAGUAGACAAUUUUUUGCUACCACCUUAAACCACAUUAGCAAAAAUGUCGAAACUUAUUAUCCACGUGGAUCAAAAUUCCGAUUUUACCAUUCAUAAUAUUCCGUUUGGAGUCUUUUCCUCAGGUAAUCUCAAACGUUCGAAACGAAUCUGUUCAGCUAUAGGCGACUAUGUUCUAGACUUGUCUGAACUGUCGAAGUACUUUCAACAUCCUCGACUAUUAGAAUGCAAAAACGUCUUCGAGGCAGAAAAUCUCAAUGCUUUUAUGGAGUGCGGUCGGGAUGUAUGGAUUGAAACUCGUAAAGAGAUCCAACGACUUUUGCAGAAGAACUCAGCAAUCGAUACUGAAACUGCAAAAGAACAGGUUCUAGUGGAGAUAGAAAAAGUUGAAAUGCAUUUGCCAGCUGCUAUUGGCGAUUACACAGAUUUUUACUCAUCCAAGCAGCAUGCAACUAAUGUGGGAACGCUCUUUAGAGGAAAAGACAAUGCAUUGUUGCCGAACUGGGUACAACUUCCCGUUGGCUAUCAUGGACGCGCAUCUUCCGUGGUUGUUUCUGGAACGCCCAUAAGAAGACCCAAAGGUCAGACGGUUUCAAACGAUGCGCCAACGACUCCUACUUUCGGGCCAAGCAAGUUGAUGGACUUCGAAUUGGAAGUGGCUUGUUUCAUUGGCGGUAAGAGUAAUAAACUAGGGGAUCCGAUACCCAUACACGAGGCACAGAAUCAUGUUUUUGGUUUGGUUCUCAUGAAUGACUGGAGUGCACGUGACAUUCAAAAAUGGGAAUACGUCCCUCUUGGCCCAUUUUUGGGAAAAUCAAUGGGAACCACAAUCUCCCCAUGGGUCAUCACGAUAGAAGCUCUUGAGGCGUUCAAAGUUCCCAACGUGGUACAAGAACCGAAGCCAUUACCUUAUUUGCAGCACGAGGACUUUUUCAACUUCGAUAUCAAUUUAACGGUUGGCAUCAAACCUGAAGGCAUGACUGAACACGGAACUGUUUGCAAGUCCAACUUCAGAUACCUCUACUGGACACUGAAACAGCAAAUUGCUCAUCAUACAAGCAAUGGCUGCAAUUUGAGAGCCGGAGAUCUUUUAGCCAGUGGAACAAUUUCAGGUGACUCAGAAGAAAGCUAUGGAAGCAUGCUCGAACUGUCUUGGCGAGGCACGAAAGACGUGAAACUAGGUCAGCUCGAUUGCAACAGAAAAUUUUUACAGGACGGCGAUGAGGUGAUGAUUACAGGAUAUUGCGAAAACGCGGAAGGAAGGAGAAUUGGAUUUGGAACGUGCAAAGGACUUCUGUUACCAUCGCAGUAAUUGUUAUAAAAUAAUGUAGCAAAUUUAUCAAUGGUUAAUAUAGUGCCUUUUAAUCA